CAGAAACCAUUUUUCUUAGAAUUCUGUUGAUUAACAUAACAAUAUAAUAAUAAUAAUAAUAAUAAUAAUAAUAAUAAUAAUAAUGUGUAAAGUAAAGAAAAUGGGCACUGUAUAUCAUAGAAUAACUGGUAAUCUUUUUAAAGUCACAUUUUAAGUUGUGGAAAUUACAUAUUUUUAAGAGAAUUUCAUUUCUGGUUUAAUAUAAUAGUUAGCUUUAGUUUUUAGAAUAGUUCUUAAUUAGUUUAGUAUUGAAUAUUGAUCUGUUUUUGAAUGACUUAAAAAUGUACCCUGCUGGGAUGCAGUUUUGCGGCUGUUCUUCAAUCUAAGCGGAUCUUGUUGGCAGAGAAGGCCGGUGCUGCUGGUGUCUUCCAUUGCUGGAGCUCUUCGCUGCUGUCCUGGUUAACACCUUCGAGUUCUCCUGUGCUGUUCUGGUGCCACCUCUUUCUCUCCUCCUGCCUCCACGAUCUUGUUUUUAUACUGAGGAAAACACUUAAGGAAAUUGUUAUGUAGUUUGGUGUUUCUCAUUGGCAGAGUCAGGAACAUAAUAGGGCAUUUGGCACUUGCUGGAACAAAUGUGUGUGUUAAAAGAGGCUGAGGUAACACUGGGAACUGUGUUCACUGACUUGACGAAUACUCACUGAGCGUUGUCUGUAGUUUGUAACUUGAGGCUCUUUAUCUCAGGAUCGUGAGGUUCUCUGAGAGGCACAACCUUUGAGUCUCUUCGAGUCUAGAUCACUUUAUUCUUUAUCAGGAAAUUCACAGAAAUGCUCAUUAUGGAUGGUGUGAAAACCAGAGUCUAUUGUUAAUUUGGAGAAUUUCUUUACUGUGUUUCUUUGUGGUUAUUUGAUGGUGGGAGUCUGGGGCAGGGCAUGGAACAAAUUUACAUAGUAUCAAAGCAAAGCUAUUGUGCAUGUUUGUAGAUUUUAUAUUACGACGUGAUUAAAGGUGUGGUCCAUUCUUAGACGUGCUGGAUAUUGGAAGCUCACUAGAGUUUCCUUGUUGUAAGAGAUGGCUUCUCACCCCGUUUCCUAGGCUGGCCUUGAGUCCCGAGUUCUUCCUGCCUCGGGUCUCAAGCAGCCAGAUCUGUGGGAACUCAGUGAAUGGAGUCCGAGGAGAGGAGUGGGUAAGAGGAAAGUCUUUGACAAGGUAGAUGUGUCUGCUGAGAUUUGCCAGAAACAACUCUCUCUUACCCAGGCUAGGUUAUUCUCCUUACAGCUCUUCUGUUACAUUCUGCUGUGCUUCCUGGAUUUUCUGGCCUAGAAAUCAAACCCUAACCAGGUUUUGGGCUGUCCAAAAAAUCUUAAGAGAGAUCUCUCCUUGGUUUCAAGGUUCUGUUUCUGGUCUUUCCCAGCUCUCAUCUUUACUUCUGAUGCCCUCUGUUCAGGUUUGUUAGUCAGGAUUUAAUUUUAAUGCCAGUUUUUAUGGCUUCUCUCCUCCUCAGUCAGCCUCCACGUGAUCCCAUCAGUGUCCCCGCAUCACGGGAAACAGAGUCCCUGUUUCUUCUUUGUUUUGUUUGAAGCCUACACUGUUGCCUUUGUUCAUUUGACUACCAGAGCAUUUGUUCCUUGUCUGAAGAGUAUUUCUAGGUCUUAGCCUAUAUUUUAACUUGAUUAAAUGUGCUCAUCUGUUUUGUGAUUAUUUUCUGGUGACCAUGACAACACUCGGAAGAAAUGGUCUUUUAAUUCAGCUGCUAGUAUAAGAGAUAAUCUAGGAAAAUCAAAUGAAUAAAAAUAUAACAAAUAGCAUGGUUUGAGACUAUCUUAUCAAUUUUAGAUUUUUAGUUUGGGCUGUAAGGCUAACUUGUCUAAAUAUAAUCAGUUUAAAAUAAAUUUAAGUUUUUUGAAAAUAUUGUUAUACAUAUGAAUUGAUUUUAUUCAUGUACCUUUUUUGUUUGUUUGUUUGCUUGCUUGUUCUCUUGGUUUCUUUUUUUUUUUUUUUUUUUUUUUCCUGAGACAGGGUUUCUCUGUGUAGCCCUGGCUGUUUUGGUACUAGAUCUAUAGAGCAGACUGUCCUCACUCUAAGACAUCAGCCUGCGUCUACCUCCUAAAUGCUGGGAUAGAGGUGUGUGCCACCACUGCCUGGAAGAUUCAUAUAAGUUUUCACUUUGACUAGAAAUUGUUGUUAUUUUUUCUAUUGUGAGUGAUAUUUCUACUGAAUUAGGAGGAGGACAUUAUUUUCUUUGUGUUCCUUUUUGAUUAUGUCAAGUUUUUGUAGAUUUACUGGUUUUAGAUUUUAAAUUUCCAAAUCCUUAGCUUUUCUCAUUAAGCAAUUAGUUCACUAGGUUUAAAGAAACCAGUGAGGCUGAAACCCGUUUAUUGUCUGUGAAUUGUCUCAUCUCAGCAUAGUGCUUUAGGAACUCAUAAAUCAGAAAAUACUGAGGGCUGUGCAUGUACAGCUGAGCCUUCGUCCUGACUGUUUAUCAGUACAGUCGAGCUCUUAUUCCAUGAGAACUAACAGCUUGUGCUGUAUAUAUGGAGUGUGCAGUGCAUAUUUGGUUUCUAAAGCAUCCAGACAUGUAAGCUGCCUUCCCCAUGAACUGAUUUACAGUGUACCACUUUCUUCUUGCUAAAGUAACUUCUGCUUGUUCAUGAUAUUAUAGGGAUUACUUCACUUUUUUUAAUGAAGUAAAAUAACUAAAUAUAGCAACAGUUUUACAUCAGCAAGUUUGCCAUCUUUCAUCCGGUUGACCUCUUGAUAGCAGGUCCAGUUGACUAGUCCUGGUGUCCCUUUGUUCCUGUAGCUCUAUUUAUAUUGUCUCUCACACUGUGUCCUAGGAAGAGAACAUUGAUGAAUAGACAUCUGUAUCUUUCUUUCUCCAAGGAUGUUACAAAACUGAAUGUGACAUUUAUAGAAAUUUACUCUAACAUGAAAAUAUUGAAAUUGAUUAACAAGUUAUUUAAAUACAUUUAUUUUCUUUUUUUGUGUGUGAGAAAACCAUUCAUUUGGUUAGCUGAGGGGAAGCAAUUACAAACAGGGGCACGAUUAAAUGGAUUUUCUUUUUAUGUCAGCAUAUGAGUUUCUUUUAAUUUUCAGAUUUUGCUAAGAACUUCCCCCAUACUUUUGAUAAAGUAACAUCUGAUUUGGUUAGAUCUUUAUUUUGUAUUUUACUUCACAUUUAUCUGAGUGCUUAUUGAACACUUCUUUUUCUAUGACACAUAGGUCCACUAGGCUGUUUCUCAUCGUAGCAUCUUUCCAUGCAGAUGAUGCUGAUAGGUGGGAGUGGCAUCUUGGUGGUGUGGCACUCACUGUUCAGGAUCUCCGUUCUCUCCUUUGUUGUCCGUGGUCUUCAGCAGAUUGCAGUAUGUGAUGCCAGAGUCACAAUGGCUUCAGCCUUUCGUCUUUCUUUGAAACCAAAAGUCAGUGACAACAUGACCCAUUUAAUGGUGGACUUCUCUCAGGAAAGGCAGAUGCUGCAAACUUUGAAGUUUUUGCCAGUCCCAAAAGCUCCAGAGAUUGACCCAGUAGAGUGUUUGGUAGCUGACAACUCUGUAACUGUAGCUUGGAGAAUGCCUGAAGAAGAUAAUAAAAUCGACCAUUUCAUAAUGGAAUACAGGAAAACGAACUUUGAUGGACUCCCACGUGUUAAGGAUGAGCGAUGUUGGGAGGUGAUUGAUAAUAUCAAGGGCACUGAAUAUACAUUAUCAGGCUUAAAAUUUGAUUCAAAGUAUAUGAAUUUCCGAGUGAGAGCAUGCAACAAAGCUGUGGCUGGAGACUACUCUGACCCAGUGACCCUAGAGACCAGAGCACUUAACUUCAGUCUAGAUAACUCAUCAUCCCAUUUGAAUUUGAAAGUUGAAGAUUCCUGUGUAGAAUGGGACCCCACUGGAGGAAAAGGCCAAGAAAGUAAAAUCAAAGGGAAGGAGAACAAGGGCAGUGUCCAUGUUACUUCACUGAAGAAACACACAAGAAGUGGUACUCCAUCCCCAAAACGGACGUCUGUAGGCUCCAGGCCACCAGCAGUAAGAGGCAGCAGAGACCGUUUUACUGGGGAGUCAUACACAGUGCUAGGAGACACUGCUAUUGAAAAUGGACAACAUUAUUGGGAAGUAAAGGCCCAGAAGGAUUGUAAAUCCUAUAGUGUGGGUGUAGCAUAUAAAACUUUAGGAAAAUUUGAUCAGUUAGGAAAGACAAAUACUAGUUGGUGCGUUCACGUCAACAGCUGGUUACAGAACACAUUUGCAGCCAAGCAUAAUAAUAAGGUGAAAGCUUUGGAUGUUCCUGUUCCUGAGAAAAUAGGUGUGUUUUGUGACUUUGAUGGGGGUCAGCUUUCAUUUUAUGAUGCACACUCAAAGCAGUUGCUGUAUUCCUUCAAGACAAAAUUUACUCAGCCAGUAGUACCUGGUUUCAUGGUGUGGUGUGGUGGACUUUCUUUGAGUACUGGAAUGCAGGUUCCAAGUGCUGUGAGAACACUUCAGAAAAGUGAAAACGGAAUGACUGGUUCAACUAGCAGCCUGAACAAUGUCACUCAGUAAUGGCAACUCAGACUGUUUCCCUUCCCUUUGACUGUGUGGCCUUUCCCACACAGUUACUAACAGAUAUUUCUGAGUGGUGGAAUCAGGUUUUCUAUGUUCUGCUUUAAAGCCUGGAGUCUGUUAGAUUAACUACCAAAUAGGAAGCAGCCAUGGAGGUUAUUGCCUGCGUCCCAGAAUCAAGCAGUUGGGGUGCAGGAGGCUGACAUAGUGAUAUUGAGUAGUGAUUAGGAAAGGGGCGGUGUUGAACUGUUUGUGUAGAAAGCCAUCUUUCUGUCUCUUAAGCUCCUCUGGUUUGUCUGGUAGGUGUAAUUACGCCUGGCGAGCCCUGGGCCCGGGUUGCUAAGCAUUAAAAGCUUGCCUUUCUCCCUGCCCUUGCUCUGUUUCUGCUCCUCACCGGCUGUCAUUACAUGCUACACUGAGGCUUUAAAAACACAAGGUCCCCCAAGGCUUCCUAGAAAUUGAAAUCUUUGCCUAGGCAGAGAAAUUGACCUAUGGUGGCUUAUUUUAGUCUUUUAUAAAUAAACUGAGUUUUUGAUAGGGUAACUUAUGGAUUGACUAGAUUCAUAUCACUUUCUCCUCUAAAAUAUUGUAGUAUUUUCUUAUAGUUAUAACUCAAAAAUAUCAAGCAGACAGAGAAUUUAGGCAGUGCAAAGGAGUAUUCUUGUGUGUUUGUGUUGAGUCAUUCUGUCCAUUCCUCCACCAGCUCCUGGGCACCACCUGAGAAACCGUGCUCUCUAAGUUUGUUCUCUGCUUUGACCCCACUUUUAUAGCUGUCUUUGCAUCUUUGAUAAAACUUCCACUUGAAUUUGGCACUGAUAAUAAUUAUUGCUUAUGAAAGUUUGUGAAUUAAGUUCUUUAUAAAGGGUAAAAAGCUGUAUAUUGCUGGGUUUUGUUGUUUUUUUGUUUUGUUUUUUUUUGUUUUUUGUCUGUGUAAGAUUAUAAAGAAAUGUGCCUAAAGUAUUCUUUUCUGGAAUAAUUUGUAUGUUCUUUUAUAAAGAUAUGGAUUGGUUUACCAGCUGUUUAAAAAAAAAAACAUGUGUCCUAGCUGGGCAUAGUGGUGCAUACCUUUAAUCCCAGCACUUGGGAGGCAGAGGCAGGUGAAUUUCUAAGUUCAAGGCCAGCUUGGUCUAUAGAGUGAGUUCCAGGACAGCCAGGACUACACAGAGAAACCCUGUCUCAAAAAAACCAACCAAACAAAAACAAAAACAAAAUGUGUCCUACUUAAUUGGUAUAUGUGUUUUUCAAACAAUCAUUUGAGGGGUGUUUUGAUUUGGUUUGGUUUUUGUUUCUGUCUUUUUGGUCCAUUCAUUCACUGUUUAAAAGUUUAUGAUUCUUCCAAAAAUGAAUAUAGUUUCCUUUUUCAAAUCUGAAGGCAUGUGGGAAGCAGUGAGCAAAACCUGUGGUUAUUAACGGAAAAGUCUUUUAUUACAAAGUCAAUUAAAACUUUUCAUUCAAGGUUUUUGAGCCAAACUAGAAGUUGAGAUUGUAAAACUGCUUUAAGAACUUUAAAGAAAUGAAUAUUUGAUCUCUGAUUAAUUUUUGAGACUUCUAAAUCUCUUCUUGUUUUAAGUUUCUUGGACUUCUGACAAACUUCCCUGGAGAAGUGUUCAUUUUUGUUUUCUUCAUGUAGCUUGUAGAUCAUAAUAAGUAUUUGCUCUUAAAAUUUACUACUUAGUAGCAUGAUUAUUUUUGUUCUGUUGAUGAAGCAAAUUUGACAGAAUAUUAUUUCUCCAUAUCACACAUAUCUACACUAUUAUCUGAUAACACACUGGUAGUUUUUAAGACUAAGGCAGUUUAUAGAAUGAAGUAUAUCAAUAUUCUUUUGGUUUCCCAAAGCAAUAUUUUACUUUUCAUUUAUUAUAGUUUGAAAGACAUUUUUCAUUGUUCCAUUACCUAUAGAAAUGGUAUUUCAUGACCUAGGGAAAAAGGAAUUACUCCUUUUUGUAGACUCAUACCUGAAAGCAGUGAUUUACUAGAAUUGCUUUGUGUGGCUACUAAGUUUAUUUUGUCAAAAAUGACAAGGAAAAAGCCAGCUGUUUUCAUAGACCUUUUCAUUAUGAUACUGUAUCUUGCAUAGUUGAAUCUUCUCAUUUAUACAGUGCCUUUUUCUCAUGCUCAUUGUCUACUGACUUUAAGGCAGGCAACACUGGACCAUAGUGGUGCAGGCCUUCUAUUGAGGCCAGAGGAGCAAGUGUGCUUCUUCCUUGUCCUUGUCCCAUCAUUGAGACCUUCAUCUACAGUUUCCAAACAGUCAUUGGAAAACGCACGACAGUUACCCAGAAGGUUUUAUUUCUCAGCAGAUUUGUAGAAUGAAGUAUAACGUCAGUGAAUGAGAGUCCAAGUUCUUAUCACACGAUAUUAGGUACUAAUUAUACCCUCAUUGCUUUAAAAUACACAUCAGGGUCUCUUUUAAAAAUAGAACAAAUCUGUAGUAUUUAAGUUUAAAAAUCUUAAGUUUAUUAUGUUAAAUUGAAUUUUGUCAACCCUUCUUUUUAAAUUAAAAUAAUUGAAUAGAGUGCCUAGUUAAAUUUUCUCAAAGCAAGGUAACUGCUCAGCUCAGUCAGCUGUGGCAAGCUGGCCAGCCCUCUUCACUCCAGCGUUCUUCACUGCUCUAUGUCUGCUUACACAGCUUGGACAUGGCUGCUUUCCAUGAAGGAAAUAUAGGGGAGGUGGACUGUAAGGGAUAUAUAACCAGUGUGAAGAACUGCUUCAUAAAAUAUGUAUUAAGUAUUGUAUUUCCCUCUUAGCAGUUGAAUCCAAACCAGUUUCAUUUAGCUGGAAGUAGACAGGAAGGAGCUGCCUUAAGCACUUUAGAAAAAGAAUUUGCUACAAUUCAUUUGACUCAGCUGAUUGUGUCACAUCUUUUAAAUACUGGUAAAUAUGGAUAUACCAAGUAUUUAAUGACUAAUGCACAUAGAAAUUAAUAUUAAUACAGUGAUCUUUUGAAUGUUCCAGGUAUAGGCUUUUUAAAAAGUGUUAAGAGUGUCUGUCUGUCUGUCUGUCUGUCUGUCUGUCUGUACGUUUAAUUGAUAGCACCUCUGCCGUGUGUCAUCAACUACUAGACAGCCAGGCUAAGCCUUCUCAUUCUGUUCUGAAGAUUCUAAAAAAAUUCGAACCAUCAACAAUAGUAUGUAUAAUUUGAACUUCCAUGAUUGAUCCUUGAUAUAAAUAAUAAAAGAAAAUAUUUAUGAUGAAAUAUUUUAAUUAGGUCAAUUAUCUAGAAUUACCUAGUUUUGUCUAUAUAUCUUUUCCAUGAAAUUAUAGCUAUCUAUGUAUUUGUAGUUGUUUCUUUCAAAAACAAUUUUUAAAAAUUGGAAAGGGAUAUAUAUGAGAAGUGAUUACUCCAAAGAAUAUUAAUCUUAAAAGAAAGCAGUAUAGAUGUCUUACCAUGAAAUACAUUACUCUAGGCUAAAAUUUCAACUGUUUUAGUCAUAGAUUUUUAGCAUCUUUGUUAGAUCAGCAUAUAAUUCAUAUAACUACUUAAGUUUUUAUGAUGUAUCAUCAAUUUUAUUACUUUCUGUCUAUGUUUGCAAAAGUAGUAGAGUUUAAUUCACCAUAUGAACCUCAUUCUGAUGUUUUUGAUUUGAUAGUCUUGAUCUAAAAAUAAUGUUUUGUUAAUAUGUCACUAAAUUUCUAAAAACUGUAUUCAUGGGCUGCUGAGAUGGCUCACAAGAAAAGCACUUGCUGCCAACUGGAUGACUUGAGUUUGUUCCCUGGGACCCAAAUGGAAGGGGAGACUUAUCUCCUGCAAGUUGUCUUUUAACCUGCGCAUGUGUGUGCACAUGUGCAUGCGCAUACACACACACACACACACACACACACAUACCUUAAAAAUUUUUUAAAGUACAUUUGUUGUUGCUUGUAAAUUAACUACUCGUAGUAAUAUUUCACUUUUACAUUAUAAUAAAAAGUUUGGAAAAGUUACUUUUCUUGUUUUAUUUUUACAUCAUAUUCAUUCUGUCAGAAGUAAGCAUGAAAUUACUCAGUAUCCAUGUCACCACCAAGUUGUUGUUUUCAAGCCAGUAUAUUUUUUCAUAACUCCAGUGCUCAGACCUAGAGUAAUAAAGCUUUUCUUACAGAAAACCAUCACAGCGACAUUACCUCAUGUUUGUAUGUUUAGUUUUGUGUCUCGUAACAGUGUUCACAUUUGUGAUUCUGAUGUCAGUAUUGUGUCACCUGAGCGGGAUGAUUACCUGAGUACCAUAGGAACUUUGUACCAGUUGGAAUUUAAGUGGACUGUUUGCUGCUUUUGUUCGCAUUGGAACGUUGGACAUGCCAUAUGAUACUGGCUUAGUAAUCAAUACCAGUAAUUACCAUAGAACUUUAUCUGACUACCCAACCAUAUCAAAAGAGUACUUUUUUCUGGGUUAAUAAUACUAGCUUUGAUACAUAAUCAUUUAAGUUAUAUUUGUUUAAAAUUAUAUAUUUUCUUAGUAAUAGUCAAGUUGGUGCUUAGGAAUAAACAUGUAGAAGUUUAUGCAGUAUGUAGGGCAGAGGUCAGUGAAUGUAUUUGCUUGGCUUGGAACUUAAGAUUGAACCAAUUUUACAAUAAAUCAAAUUGGAAGAAAUUGGUAAAAGGCAUUUUAGUAAUAUUGGAACUUUUUGAAGUGUGUGGGACUAUGAGAAGAAUUUCUUACUAACAUUUCCAAUAUCUGUAAGAUACCAAAGGACUGAGACUAACUGAUCUUUUAAUGGAAUUUCUUUGAAAUCAAAUCCAUAACUGAUUCUAUUAAGAUACAAUAGCUAAAGUUGGGGAAUAACUUCAGGUAAAAACUGCAAGUCUUGAAGAUUUUUGGCAUUCUUUUAAGUAUUUAAACUUAAUCUUUAUAGCUGCCCCAUACAGUAAUCUAUGACCUCUCUGAAUCACUCUUCAAUCUUGGGCCUCUAUUGCCUUACUUCAAAUAUUGUACCUUGUUUAGCCUACCUCACAGGGCUGUUGUGAGGAGUGUAGUGAAACGGACUCUCAUGUGAACUGGGUGGUUUCCACUAAGAAUGGUUGUGUUUGGAUACUUGUAAAUGCUGUUUAGUUAGAAAAAGCAUGUUAAGUUGGUAUAAGCAGUGAUUUUAAAUGAUUUUUAAAAAUAAGACGUCCUUCAAAAUGUCUUUUAGUAUCAAUUAAGUUUGUGCAUGAUUGUUUUUAUAUUUCUCAUCAACUACACAACUUUUCCAAGUUAUAAAGUCUACUGCAGCAUUCAUGUGUAGCGGGGAAGCCUACGUAAGCAAACGACUACAGCUCCUUCCCCCCAGGACUUGCACUUGCACUAGAGCAGCCGGUGCCCAUGCAGAGUGAACGUGGCUGAAUUAACUUUUCCAACAACCAAGUGGGUCAGCAAUUUGAUGCCCUUGAUAAAUAUCAACUUUAUUGAAUUGUACCUUUUAUUAAAAAGGAAAUACUUCAAAACCUUGUUCAUUACCUAGACCAGUUAUUAUCUGUCUGGACAUAGUUGUGUUCCUCUAAAUUGGAUGUACUAAAUAGUUUACAAGUUAUCCUACUCCACAGAUUUUGGUAUGUUUGUUAUCUGGACAUGAUUUUGCUAUGCAGUUGUGAUAAUAAAAAUUCCAGCUCCUCAGGUUUAACCUCUAAGUUGUGGAUGGAGACUAUUUAAAGUACACAUGAUGUAUUCAGUGCUGCAAGAGUGUUUGAAAUGAGCACACUGCCUCAUUUUCCUCACCAACAAGACAAAGCCUUUCCAAUGAUUUUUUUUUAAACUUUCAAAGUGGUUGUUCAAAGUGUAGCAACUUGUAUGUUGAAAUGAUUGUAUGUUCUGUAUGAAAUGUUCCACUUGAGAUUUUUACAAAAGCACCUGUAUUAUCUCUUUUAAAAAUUAAACUUUUUUUUUGCUUUC